CAAAAUCCUCACGGGACCAAAAAUAGAGCAUAGAAACAGAGACAAGAACGAGUUCAAUUCUUCUUCACCACCAUGUGAGUAUGUUAGCACUGCAACGAAAUUUGUUCAAAACUUCUGGGUGAAGUGUGAACCAACCAAUAUCCAUCUAUCUUUUAAUCACUAAAUCUUAGUUUCCAAUUCAUCGUCAAUACCAGAAACUCAGAACGCCAUCUCAACUGCUUUAGUUUUUGACCUUUAAUCUUUCUCCGUUAAAAACUCUUCUGUUCGUCUGUUUACUGUUUUCUGAUGCGUUGCUUUUAUUAUUUAAAACGAGAUGAUGGCUUCAGAAUGGCAAAAACCCACCAAGAAAAACAGAGGAUUCUAUGUUAAGAUGAGGAUAUUACACAAAGGCAGACAACCCCAAAAAAUCUUGUUUUUCAAAUAUUACCAAUGGGUUCUCUGGUUUUCUUUUACCCUCUAUCUUCUCACCUCUUUCUUCAUUACUAACAAGCCAAUACCUUUGUCAAAAACCCAUGUCUUUGAUUCCAAAUUCUCCUUCGCUUCUCUUGUCCUGUAUGAGCCUCUCAACAAAACUAGUCAACAAUCCAAACUCAAAAACCCAGCGACGUUCAAAGACUUGAAGAUAUAUAUAUACGGGCUAUCACCAGAAUACAAUGAAAAAUGGCUUUCCAACGAGAGAUGCAGCAAACACUUGUUUGCCUCGGAGGUAGCCAUUCAUAGAGCCUUGUUGAACGCCUACGACUUUAGAACAUUCGACCCUGUUGAAGCUGAUUUCUUUUUCGUCCCUGUUUAUGUCUCCUGCAACUUCAGUGCCGUUAACGGUUUCCCCAACAUUGGCCACGCUCGCUCUCUUUUGUUCUCUGCUAUCCAACUUAUCUCCACAAACUAUCCUUUCUGGAAUCGCUCCCGUGGUUCCGACCACGUCUUUGUUGCUUCCCAUGAUUAUGGAGCCUGCUUCCACGCAAUGGAGGAUAGAGCUAUCCAUAGUGGGAUUCCAGAGUUCCUGACGAACUCGAUAAUAUUGCAAACUUUCGGGGUUAAUUAUAAGCACCCUUGUCAGGACGUUGAACAUGUUGUUAUACCGCCUUAUAUCUCGCCGAAAAGCGUAGGGAAGACACUCGAAAAGGCUCCGUUGACCGGCAAUCGAGACAUCAUGGUCUUUUUCAGGGGUAAAAUGGAUGUCCAUCCUAAAAACGUUAGUGGAAAAUUUUACAGCAAGAGGGUGAGGACGGAAAUAUGGCGAAGGUAUAAAGGAGAAAAGAGGUUUUACUUGCAAAGACACAGAUUUGCCGGUUACCAGUCAGAAAUUGUCCGGUCUGUCUUUUGUUUGUGUCCACUUGGUUGGGCCCCAUGGAGUCCAAGGCUUGUUGAGUCUGUGGCUUUGGGCUGCGUCCCGGUGAUCAUAGCGGACGGUAUAAGAUUGCCGUUUCCCAAAGCCGUGAAGUGGGGGGAGAUUUCCCUCACGGUGGCGGAAAGGGACGUUGGGAAGCUGGGGAAGAUCCUAGAGCACGUCGCGGCGACUAAUUUGUCUGCCAUCCAGAGGAACUUAUGGGAUCCGGCAGUCAAGCAUGCUCUACUGUUCAAUGAUAACAUGCAAGAAGGGGAUGCCACGUGGCAGAUUUUAAUUUCACUUUAUAAUAACCUAGACACAGAUCGACAGAAAGUCAAGGGUUUCGAGCCAGUAGGAGGAAAACACGUCGGAUGAGUGGCCGGCUAUGAAGGUAAAUUUGGCAACGUGGAUGUGAUGUUUAUUAUGGAGGACAGCUGGCUGUGGCGAUGGCUUGGUUCGCCGGUGUCAUUUAAUCAAAGGUGGACUGGAUGGAAUUUAUUUUAGGGGGUGGGACCCACAUAAAAAGCUCGAGAUUUUUGAGUUUUUUUUUGCCGUAACUGAUAUAACUAUUAUAAGAUGCAUGGCCAAUAUAAAUGUAAAUGAAGAGAAACAAAACAUUCUGGUAAAUGACGCACUGAAAUAGAAGGUUUAGGACAAGACAAACCUGUAUGAGCUUUCACUUAAUAUUUUGUACAUAUGUUUUUCUUUCAA